AUGUCAAACGUUCUUAGGAACAUCAUGGACGAAGACCUGGAGAUAUGCGACGAUAUCGCAGACCCGCAGUACCAGCACCCACAGCACGGCAUGAGGUCGAACAUAUUCACCGGCGGCCCAGGAUACCUCGUAUCCCACCCUUCGCUCGGUGGCAUCGUCAUCUCGACCCCAUCGUCCAUAGAUCUGCAGCACCUGAAACUACCUCGCACCCACGAUACUAAAUUUUCCUCCUCCUUCUCCAAAAGCGAAGAAGACGACCUCGCGCAGCGCAUGCUCCGUCUCGGCGGCCACUGGUACCCCUCCUGGGCCACCUACGCACGCCACCAGGAACGUCUCGCCAACGGCACCGUCUACGACUUCCACAUGCCCCCGGACGUAUACGUCGGAUACCCGUCCAGCGGGGGUGUGUGGGUGGCCAGGUACGUGCCGGACCGGGACCACUUCCGCCACGGCCAGAAAUUCUGCCUUCCGCAGCGGCCACCGGAGUGGAACCGGGUCAUGCAUCGCGUGCUCACGAUGGACGAGAAGUGUGACGCGUUAAAGGCGUUUGGGGCUACGUUCUAUCCGCGGAUAGAGGAUUGCGCGGAUCUCCCCAAGUCCGUGGAAGAGGGCCGGGAGGAGUUCCAGCGGUACGAGAAGAGUUUGGAGGAUAUGGACGACGGCGACUACCAAAGGCGAUGGUACCUGAGAUUUCAUGGUCUCGACCAAGAUGAAGACGUUGAAUCGAGGACCACGGAACCUCGCAGCAAACGGGGCUGCGUGAUGUUUUGA